GUGUGUGUGUGUGUGUAACUGUGUGUGUGUGUAGAUUGUCCGGUGGGAGAGUUCCUGGUCUCGUGCUCGGCAGAGUACCAGGGCCUCACAGAGGGCACCUCCUGUGAGCCCAGCUGUGGGUCACCGUGACUGUGUGUGUCUGUGUGUAACUGUGUGUGUGUGUGUAACUGUGUGUGUGUGUGUAGAUUGUCCGGUGGGAGAGUUCCUGGUCUCGUGCUCGGCAGAGUACCAGGGCCUCACAGAGGGCACCUCCUGUGAGCCCAGCUGUGGGUCACCGCACAUUGACAGGGGCGGAUGCCCUCUGCCCUGCACCCCGGGCUGUGUCUGCCCCCCAGGAAUGAAGAGAGACUACAGUGGGCUUUGCGUCUCGCCUGAGGACUGCUCCUGCAAGCACGGAGACCAAACUUUCGCCAGCGGCGAGGUCACCGUCAGGGGGUGCACCACGUGCGAGUGUCUGGGCGGCCUCUUCAGCUGCGUCUCCGAUGGCUGUCCCAAGGUUUGCGCCUCUGUGGGUCAGCGAGAAUUCCUGCAGUUUGAUGGUCAGUGGAAGAUAUUUGAUGCGAGCGACUGCAGCAUCAACCUCGCAGAGCUGGAGGUGAGCGACGGAGGCGUGGAGGGUCCCGUGGUGGUGGUGGUGGUGGUGAGUGUCCGUGCCGUGCGCUGUGGCUCGCUGGAGGCGACUUUCUGCUCCAAGGUGGUGAGCAUCGAGUUGGAGAGCGGCAGCCUCCAGCUAGACGACUCGGAGGGGCACGUGACCCUUCACGACGUGGAUGAAUCUUCCUUCCCCGAAUACCAC